AUGGAAGCCUCGUUUGCAUCCUAUUGUUGUUUGUGUUUCAUCCUCUUCCUUUCCCUCUUUCCCAUCCAAUCUGUCAGCCAAUACCCAUAUUUAGGCACUGCAAACCAGACAUCCGGGUGCUCAAUCAACGAUACCAAUUCAACACCAAAUGGAUAUUAUUCAUGUGAUGUUCCUUAUUCCUCAUGUUCUUCCUAUUUGAUUGCAAAAUCCAAGUCUCACAAUCAAGACUUGGGUUUCUACGAUAAAUCAAUCGGAAACACUAAUUUGUUGAUGAAGGCAGUUGGCUGUAGCUGUGGUGAGGAUCAUUUGUAUAGGAAUAUCACGGAAUAUAAUACCACGAGUGGUGAUAGUUUUGAAACAAUAGCCAAUCAUGUUUUUGAUGGCUUCACAAGCUGUUCUAUUGGUAUUAAUGCUUCCUCAACCGAAGGAAUUAGUGUUGAAGUUUGGUUGCGAUGCGCUUGUCCUACCCAGGAUCAGAAGAAUCUUGGGAUUCAGUCAUUGGCUGUGUAUAUGGUACAACCAAAUGAGAGCAUUUCAUCAAUAGCGAGGGAUUUGUUGGUGGAGCAAGACAGCAUUUUGGAAGCAAACAUGCUUUCCAAUACAACCCAACUCUACCCAUUUACGCCUCUUUUGGUUCCGUUGAACACAUCUGAGACUUUUAAAAUCGACCCAUCUAACUCAGACGCCUGUGUAUCUCAGCAUUUGGAUCUUGUUGUUAUUGUUGCUAGCAUCAUCUCCAUUGCAUUCGGUCCGUCUCUUUCUCUUGCCUUGUUUACAAUUUUUGUAUGA